AUGGAUGAACAAGGAGGAGCACCACGAGAUUUACCUGGACAAGAAUCACCAUCAUAUUACAACAACCUUCAAUAUGAAGCUGCAGUCACUACAGCUAUUUACUAUGGUAGAAUGGUUGUUGGGGGUCAGGUAGCAGUCAAUGAUGAUAACGAAGUUGGCGAUCACGAUCACGGUCAGGGAGUAGCAGCCAAUGUUGGUGAGGAAGUUCAAUUUGAGCGAGUAGCAAGCAUGUGGACGGAGGAGAUAAUCGGGAACUGCUACAAAUUUGUUGUGGUACGUCAAGGGCAUAAAGACGAAGUUAUUGAAGUGAGCAAGUUUGGGAUUGUGGCCUCUAUAAAGGACAAGAUUGAAUGUUUACUUGGGAUAAGAGUAUCCCAGCAAGUCCUAUUCUUCAACGGAGAAUAUCUUCAUGAAGAUUGGCGUAUAAUUCAGAGCAUUGAAGGGAUUGCAUCCAACUCACGCAUCCAGCUCUUUGUGUUAGAACCAUCGGCCGUGAUCCCCACAUCAGCCCCUAUUGAAGGGUCAGCACCUCCAACUAGAUAUUCUCUACGACCGCGGCCUCGGCGCUAA